CACUUGCACAAUCUCUGGUUCCAGCAAGAUGAUGCAACAUGCCACAUCAGCCGUGAAACAAUCGGUCUUGCACUAAGUUUGACACCCAUGGAUUACUUCCUAUGUGCUAUUGAUGAAAUAGGCCCACAAACUAUCGGAAAUGUGCCUCAAAAUUGGGUUAAGAGGAUGGACUACUGCCAGGCCAGCCGCGGCAGCCAUUUAUCUGAAAUUGUUUUUCAUAAAUAAUCGGAAGGUGUAUUCUUUUGAAUAAAGUAUCGAG